GCUAGUACAGUAUGCCAGUAGACUAGUAUGGCAUCAGCUGGAAAAAAAUCAUGCUAAUAAGUAUUCCAUUGAACGAAUCAAAGGAUUGGAAAAUAAUCUUAGUUCAUUUAGAAAAGUGAUGACUGAUGAAGUGUGAGAGAGAAAGCGCGAGCGAGACUACACUACGCCUACUACCGCCACUACGUCUACCUGGGCGCAAAUAAUGAAUACGUGUUCAAAAUUUUAGUAAACCUGUCUCGUGUUCAUAGAAGACAUAGUUUGUUUCGUAAGUUGUAUAUUAAUUGGUCGUGCGGGCGACCGUGAGUUAAUAUCGAUGCUACGAUAUUUUUGGUAUAGCAACAUCGAUGAUCAUCGAAUAUCGAUGUUGUCUGCAUCAACAUCCCUAGUCUGUUGUGUAAUUUGUAAACAUUUUACUAGUAGAAAUUGUUAUAAAUUAAUCAAAUAAUUCCAGCAAUGGCUAAUAAAAUUAAAGAUGCUGCAAAAAAGUUUCUGUUAUUAGGUCAGUGUGUACCCACAGUUAAACAAAAUGCAACUAAAAUACGGGUUAAGAGGUUAGAAUUAGAUGAAAAUUUACUGAUGUAUUUCAAAAAGGAUGACUUCUACUACUGUUACGAUCCAAAUAAAAUGUGUAAAACUGGUGAUAUUGUUUUAAUUAAAGCUCUUCCCCAUAAAAUGACUAAAUUAAUAACACAUGCCGUGGAGGAAGUAGUAUAUCCAUUUGGAGAUGUAACUGAUCCAGUCACAGGCAAAAAAGUAGCCAAAGAAAGAUACCGUGAAGAUAUUGAUAGACAGUCAGAACUGUAUGGAAAGUUAGAUUCUGGCUUUGAUUAUAAAAAGGCACCUCCAAGGGGUUGGCAAGAAGGAAAAAAAGAUUUCACAUCAAAACCUACAUAUACAAGAUUUCAUGUUUUUGAUAAAAAUGAUCCAUAUUCAAUUUAAAUUAUACAUAGACCUUAUUGUAGCAUAAUUAAAGUAGAUAAUAAAAAUUAUGAAAAUAUGAA